AAUAGUGUCUCCGGUGGUUUAUUUUUCCGAUUAAAUUAUGGAUAAAUCCGAUGAAAUCUGAUUUAAAAGCCAAUUACAUCUUUCAUCGGAUAUACAAUUUAAUCGGAUGUACCCGUUUGUUAUUAUGUAAUUGGAUUAUCCGAUUAUAUUUAAUCGGACAUUUUUCCCAGUGUAUAAUUUAUUUAUACACAAAUAGCGUUGACAUAAUGUUGACACCGUUGAAUGUGUAAGUAAUGCAAUUAUGCGGAAUUGUUACUUCAAGUCCAUUAAUUAGCAUGCGAUAAUCUAACUAACAUAUUUCAGUUAGAGAAAAUACGCCGAACGUAUGCCGUAUUUUUAUCGUAUCAUAUAUAUCAUGUCACGUGUACAGGCAAUAAACGGGAUGUCACUAACAAUACGUAACGUAACACACGCGCUGGCAAUCGGCUAUUUUCAUCGCGGGAUCCGUGACGGCUGAUAUAGAGCUGAAAUAUUGACUUUACGUCCUUUAUCACGUUCAUGACGUUCGUAAACUUAAUAUUUAAUAAUGUUUUGCAUAUACGAUGCUUGCGAGAAAGGCAUUCGCGGAAGCAUCGUUGCGUAUGCUCAGUGACACUUCGUAAGAAUAAAGCGUAAUGUAGACUCGAGUGCACGUAGAUUUGCCAGACUCGCAAUUGGUCGUACAUGACGUUCACACGAUCCCGGUUAAUUUGGAUUCAGAACAACUGGAAAGAAAGAUACCGAUAAAAUAAACCACUUAAAUUAUUAAUUUAUGAAUAAUUCACGCGCUAAACAAGACUUCGAGUGUGUAAGCUUUAAAAGAUUUUAUACACGGAUGUCUUGUAAAAGAAAGCAUUCUAUCGAGAAAACCGAAUUCAAAUAUAGAAGAAAUAUUUAAAAAUUAUUAUGAAACAAUGCGUGUGAAUAUGCAUAAAUUGACAAGUUGUAAUAAAGGAGAGAAGUAGAUAUUAACUCCAAGUUAAGUAAGAUAUUAAUCAUAAGAUAUGGAAGAAGAGAAUCGUUGCAAGAAUGUCGUCGAUUCGGUUAGGAAUUUAUUCUUCGUGGAUGUCAACAAAAUCAGCAAUUUCUUCAAAAGUCUAAGCAAAGGGAACGUCACCGCGGAAACGAAUAAUAAACGGAAAGUGAUGAAAAUAAAAUCAGAGUCGCAUCAAGACUCGUUUUGGAUGCUUAAAAUGUCGAUAACAUUUUUCAAGCUCAUCGGUCUCGCUACGUUAUCCCGUCAUAGCGUCAUCACGCGGGAAAAGAAAACGCCAUUCACAUUUCAGCACUCGAAAUUUGGGAUCAUUUACAAUGUCGCAUUGAGUAUCUUAGUGCUCGCCUCGAACUACCUCUCGGUACCGUUCAGGCUUACUGUGGAAUAUGCGAAUAAGUCAAACUUGACCAUAAGCAUCGAGAUUGUACAAGCUAUACUUGGCUCCCUAGUAACUUGUGCGAUUUUAUUCAGCUACUGCAUCAAUCAAAAGUUAUUGGUACGAAUUGCUAAUCAAUUAGUGGACAUCGAACACGAAAUGGAUCGUCUCUACCGUCUGUAUCGUCCGCUGCGACGACAGCGUACCUUCUGCGCUCUGAUCAACCUCUGCAUCUUGAAGAUUUGCCUGUUGAUUCUUCUUGUCAUUACCGAUUUCCUGGCCUUCCACACGAGCCCGGUCUCCUGGUUGUCGGACAUUAUGCCGACGUUUCACGUGGGUUGGCUGUUGAUACAGUACUUCAUGUUGGCCACGAUCGUUCACGCGGAUUUCGUCGAUGUGAAUCAAGCGAUACAGAGCCUAACCAGACCCGGCACUCCUGAUCUUCGGCCGCAAUCUCUCUCCGAAACGCGUCGUGUGGUGAUUAGCAAUUCCAUCGUUCAUCAACUGCUGCCAUUGCGAGAUAUGCACUGUCACCUUUGCGAGAUUUCCGAGGACAUAUCGGACUUCUAUUCACUACCAGUACUCUUCGGCAUUGCUUUUCUCUUUCUGACGCUCAUAUUUAACGGCUACUAUCUUCUCUCGCCUCUAUUGAUAUCCAGCCAAACCUUAGAGUACGAGGUUCUCAGUAACACUAUUAUCUGGUUAAUAUUCCUCAUCUAUCCCAUUUCUCUCCUCGCUAACAGAAUUACCAAGAUUGUGAACGAGGUAGGAUCAUCGGUCGGGAAAACGGGCAAUGUGAUACAUGGUCUUUUAAGCUGCUUGAUUAGCAAAGAGACGAAGUCAGAGGUCAAGCAUUUUUCCCUUCAAUUGUUACAUCGCAAAGUACAGUUCACAGCGAACGGAUAUUUCGCACUUGACAACAAUUUUCUUCAUUCGCUGGUCGGCACGGUGGCGACGUAUUUGGUGAUACUUGUGCAAUUUCAAAUGGGAAGCUCGUGCUCGUCAAGACCACAGUGUAAUUGUACAAGGCAAGAUUUGUUAAGAGCGAAAUAAUAAAUUAAAAAUAAAAACAGUUAUAAUAU